AUGGGGGCAGGGGUGGGGGAGGAGGAGGGGCUGCAGCAACCACCGCGGCAAACGAACCUCCGGAAGUUCCGUCGCUGGCAGUGCCAGCAGGUCCGGGCCCUGCGCGACCAGGCCAAGAGCUCCUGGAAGCAGCUGGUGGGGGUGGAGAGCGCCUGCAACGUAGACUGCAAGUUCAAGCUGAACACCCACAAGAUGCUCUUUGUCACCAACGCGGAGGACUACAUGUACCGCCGGGGGGCCCUCUCGCGGGCCAGUCGGGCCCAGCCCCUCGUCUUGCUGCGGCACCACCGGCGCUUUGAGGAGUGGCACCAGGGCUGGCUGGGGAGGCACGUGGCCGCGGAGUCAGCGGAGCUGGUCCAGGACUGGCUGAUGGGGGACGAGGAUGAGGACUUGGUGCCUUGCAAGACCACCUGUGAGACCACCAGCAUCCACGGGGUGCCCGUCAACCGCUACCGGGCCCAGGCAGGCAGCGGCUAUGGGCUUAGAAGCAAGACUAUGGGCCCAACAGCACCACUGACGACGAGCAGGCCUCCCCUUCCGUUGGGCUGUGGUCCCCGAGCUAUCCCCGGGCAGGUGGUGCGGCACAACGGCACCCUCUUCCUAGCCAUCCCUGCCGCGUCCCGCCUGCAGCUCAGCAGCCGGCUUUUCACCCUCCUCCUGCCCUGCGCCUACCUGGCCAUCUUCCUGGUGGGGCUGCCCCUGAACGGGCUGGCGCUGGUGGUACUGGCCGCCCACGUGGAGAAGCUGCCCUCCACCGUCUUCCUGAUGAACCUGGCCGUGGCCGACCUGCUGCUGGCGCUCCUCCUCCCCUUCAAGAUAGCCUACUACUUCCUGGGCAACCACUGGCCCUUCGGCGAGGGGAUGUGCCGCUUCGCUGCCGCCGCCUUCUACGGGAACAUGUACGGCUCCAUGCUCCUGCUGGCUUGCAUCAGCGUGGAUCGCUACCUGGCUGUGGCUCACCCCUUCUUUGCCCGCUCCUGCCGCAGCCUGGCCCUCGCCACGGGCACCUGCGCAGUCGUUUGGUUGGCAGCUGUCCUCCUAGUCGUGCCCCUCACCCUCCACCGCCAGUCCUUCCCCUUAAACGGGACGGGGCUCACCGUGUGCCACGACGUCCUGCCCCGCGUCCAGGAGGCUGGGUACUACUACUACUACUUCCUCUGCCUCGUGACCUGCGGCUUCCUCGCCCCUCUGCUGGCCAUGGUGCUCAGCUCCGGGGCCACCCUUCGGGCCCUGCUGGGCAGCGGGGAGAGGUAUGCCACCGCCAUCAAGCUCACGGCCCUGGUCCUCUCCACCAUGCUGGUCUUCUACACCCCCAGCAACGUUCUGCUGCUCCUCCACUACACAGACUCCUGCUCCCAGCGCCAGGAGGGCACCCUCUACGUGGCCUACAUGGUCAGCCUGGCCCUCACCGCUUGCAACAGCUGCGCCGACCCCUUCGUCUACUACUAUGCCUCUGAGGAGUUCCGGGCCAAGGAGGCCAGAAAGCAGCUCCGCUGGCCGGCUCCGCCUCCUUUGGCCCUUCUCCUGCUGCCCUGA